GGCGAGCGCUGUUACUGGGACUCUGCUUACAGUGAAUCGCUUACUGAAAGUUUAUAGCUGAAAUCUACACGGGCACUCUCUUUAAUUCAAAGAUCAGAACUCGAAGAGAGAUCGGAGGGAACUUAGCACCGAGAAGGAAGACAGUCUCUAGUUAAGCGAAGAGGAAGCUUCUGAUCGUUAAACUUCGGGAAAUUUAACCAGAAAGUUCAAGCAUGUUGAAAAUCUGGGCAGUGGUUACCGUGUUGGUGAUCUUCACCUGGGACGUCUCAUCAGCCAAGACGCAAAAAGGUUCUAACAGAAGCUACCUAAAUGAACUGGAGGGUUCUGGUUCCCCAAAUCCAAGCCUGCACCCCGACUACAUGGGCGAACGUGGUUCUGGCUGGAGUUCAGGAGAUGAUGUGGACAGUGAUGAAUAUGAUCCAAGUGAUGAGGAUGAAGAUGAAAUCACCAAUCACAUCAAUGAGGGCUACGAUGAUAAAAUCGUUGAGGUCAGAAACAACGAUCUGGGCAACAAAGUGCUCCCGGAGAAAAGUAAACCUUCAGACGACGACAUUAGCAACAGGAUUGCUAUGGCCAGCACCAACAACGGCAAUGGCAUGUUUGCAAGCACAGAGAUGCUAGCAGCAAUGAUCGCUGGUGGUACCAUUGGCCUCCUGUUUGCCAUCCUCCUCAUCCUGCUACUUGUCUACCGCAUGAGAAAGAAGGAUGAGGGCAGUUACGACUUGAGCAAGAAGCCCAUCUACAAGAAGGCCCCCACCACAGAAUUCUACGCAUAAACCUUAGCCGGAACUUCAGAAUGACAGACUUUAUAUUCUCUCCAGAGCUUCCACCUUACCGAGAAAGAAGUGGAGCAAUAUUUGCAGCUAGUUUAAAGCCUCUGCUAGUCUUUAAUAUUACACAUGGAAAAAAUAAAGAAACCCACUUAACUGGGAAAAUAUGUCCAUCCCAGAUUUUAAAAACAUUUUAUAAAGGGGAAGGCUGGAAAACAAACUCUGGCCUCACUAUUUUUGUCCAUAAUAUGUAUUUCUGCCAAAGUUUGUUGAGGAGGAGGCAAAGAAAGAUUUCACUGUCCUUACAUUUCCAUUUUUAAGUUUUUUUCCUUGCCGUCUUCCUCAGGCAGGUAGUUCUGUGGGUGAGCCUUGGUUUCCCAUGGACCAGCUGUCUCAAACACUAAUCAGCCAAAAUGCAGCGUCUCUUUACAAGAACCACAGUUGUUUCCUACUAGAACUUUCAAACAUCGGACUGCUUCGAGAGUUUAUCUUUCCCUACAUGGGAAAUUGUUUUCUGUUCCCUUCUGCACUGUGUGCUUUCUCCUCCUCCCCAAAACUGCAAAAUAUAAAAAUUGAGUUUUAUUAAAUUGUUGUUUUCACCUGCUUAAUCGUAGUACAAUUUUGUUGCAUUUUACUAGAAUACUACUCUUAUUGGUAAAGUCUUUGUAGAAUUGGUUAUAACAAAUUUCAGCUUAAAAAAAUGAAUUCAAUAUUUUAUUUCCCUCUUUCAGUGUGGCUUUGUUUAUAAAAACUGUUUCAUACAGAUGACUUUAAAUUCUAGGACAAUGUAUCUAAUUGCCAUUUCAUUUUCUAUGCAAUGUGACUAUUGAUAGAUGCUCAUUACUGGGGCCAUUUCCUUAAAUUGGUGCAUCACAAGAUAGCAUGGGUCAGAGAUGGAGGUGAGAAAUAACUUUCCUUUUCAUAGGUGGAAUUGAAACCUUCUCUCCAGAGAAAAGUUCGGAUGAAAGACCUUACUUUUUGCCGGUGAGGGAGGAAGCUGUCAGUACAUUAUAGAGUCAAUUUUCAAUUACUGAAUCUGACCAAGAUUUUUGUUGCUAGGAGACCAAACUGUUUUUUAAAAUAAUGCAAAAGUGAACCACGUCAAUUUUGUGCUCCUAUUCCCCAUGUACUAGAGGUCAUUAUAAUGGAAAUCCUUUUGAGGAUAUUUUGUACACUAAGCUCACUCAAGUAGUCAGAAUCACUAAAUCUCACUCUGAACUCAUGUACUGUAAAGACCUUGGACUUUAAUGUUUAUUUUUAAAUUAAAUUGACAGACAUGAAAUCUAGCUGGGUUUAUCCCUCAAUCUUGAGGCUAACAUUCUAUGACAAUCAGAAUGAAUCAGUAAAGAGAGCCUUGCAGAAACAAAGCUUUUAACUAUGUCCCUGGUGGUUUGGCAGAUGAGAAAACCUUGGCCCUAGACUAAAUUAAGUCUCCCUACGCCUCAGUGUACAAGUAAAUAUAUAGACUGCAAAGAUGGGAAAGCAAUUUGUGAAUUAAAUUAUUUUGUGAAUCAUUUCUGUUUGGUCCCAUGUGUUAAAUGUUUUCUCUUGUUGAAUAAUAACAUUCAUGCUGACAAAUGUCUUGUUCUUUUUAUUUUGCUCUGAAAGAAUUUUGGUCCUUAAGUUCCAAUUCACAUUAGGGUUAGGGUGCUAAUGCGACUUGGUUUGCUCAAAGCCAAGUGCUUUGUGUAGUUGGGACCAGUCCACUUGAGACUGGAUAUUUUUGAGGGAGAUCAUUGUCUUUAAAUAACUUUUUUAUGCCUUCUAAAUUCCUUGUAGGAGUAUUGUAGCUAUAUCCGCAAUGAGCUAUCAAACAUUUAUUCAAGAGAAUUGGAAGCCUGGGGACCAACCAGAUAGUUAGGGGUUAUGAUAAACGGAAACAGAAGAAGCAAGGAUGCCUAUUUCUGGUAAAAUAGUACCUUUUUGAGGGGAUUUAGGCCUUCACCAAAUUGUGUCGGGGAGGGGGGGUUGGAAGGAAGGGGAAAUAAUCCUGUUUUGAAAUGUUUGUAGUGCCCUUUGAGUUGAGAAUGAUAAUUCAGUCAGGCUCCUGGGUGGUGGCAAAAUGGUGAAGGACUAUAAAUGCUGGAUUCUUGUGUGGAUGUCUCAAGCUAGUGUGGUGAAAUGAUUCUGAUUGAAAGGAGACCUGCUAGUUAGGUACUGGUCAUAGUAUUUCUUACCUUCAACUUGCUCUGCAGAGCAAGCUUUCUCAAACAGGAAGUGGGGAGGGUAGAUAAUUGUAGGUUCCACAUCUUCAUGUAUCUGCUCACUAGAACAAAUCUUUUUGUCUAAAGAGAUUGGGAUGGGAUUUAUUCUCUGCAGGAAGUGAAUUAGCAAUGAGGUGCACUCUAUCUCCAUCCACUUUAAUGGAACUAAUUUUACAAUGUGUAGCCAUGAUAUAAUUAAUGCAUCGCAAGGACUAUCUGACAUCCCAUUCAGUGCCACCAUUUUAUCUGAGGCUUUAUUUGAAGAGUUCAGCUAAGCCAACACUAUUUCUUUGUAUUGUCUGACCUAGAGAAAAUGGCCCAGCCUCUAAAUGUAAACCCAUUGUUUUGCACCUUUUUAUGUCGCCCAGUAAGUAGAAUUGAACUGCUUUUAAAAUAAAAAAAACAUUUAUCUCUGA